AAAAAUAGCAAGCUCUCUCUCUCUCUCUCUCUCUCUCUCUCUCUCCGUGAGCGCCAUGGCCGUUUCUCUCUCACCAAUCCCACCAAAACCUCCUUUCGAUUUCUCUCUCUAAAAAUUUAUAUAAAUACGCACGCCGUUAUAGGUGCCGAAAAGAUCGCCGAGGAAAUGGCGAUUGUGACGGGGGAUCGGUACCUGGAGAUGCUGGUGCUAUUCGUGGAGGGCCAAGUCGGAGCGCUGCUGGACGGGGCGGUGGUCCUGAAGCUGAACCCGGCGGGGUUGCACUACGUGCAGUCGAGGCUGGAGGCGCUGAGCGAACUGGAGAGCCUUCUGGCGGGAGCGCCGGUGGACUACCUUCGGGCCUACGUGUCGGACCUCGGCGACCACCGGGCGCUCGAGCAGCUGCGACGGAUUCUGCGGCUUCUGCCCUCGCUUAAGGUCGUCUCGACGCUGGCACCUCCGGCUAGGGACCCCACGCCGCUCUCCUUGAUGCCGUUCGGGAGGGUGAGGGUUCUGGAGCUCAGAGGCUGCGACUUGUCCACGUCGGCGGCUAGAGGGUUGCUGGAGCUCCGACACACUUUGGAGAAGAUCGUAUGCCACAAUUCCACUGAUGCUCUUCGCCAUGUUUUUGCGAGUAGAAUUGCUGAAAUAAAGGACUCUCCGCUAUGGAACCGGCUGUCCUUUGUUUCGUGUGCAUGUAAUGGCUUGGUUCUCAUGGAUGAGUCUCUGCAACUUCUUCCUGCCGUUGAAACUCUUGAUCUUAGCCGGAACAAGUUUGCGAAAGUGGAUAAUCUUCGCAAGUGUGCCAAAUUGAAGCACCUGGAUCUUGGUUUCAAUCACCUGCGAUCAAUUGUGUACUUCAGCGAGGUCUCCUGUCAUAUUGUUAAACUUGUUUUGAGGAACAAUGCUCUAACUACAUUCCAUGGGAUUGAGAAUUUGAAGUCACUUGAAGGGCUUGAUGUUUCCUACAACAUAAUUUCCAAUUUUUCAGAGUUAGAGUUCCUUGGUUGCCUUCCAUCUCUACGGAGCUUGUGGUUGGAAGGAAAUCCAUUGUGUUGUGCCCGAUGGUAUAGAGCACAAGUAUUCAGCUUUUUCACUCAUCCGGAAAAAUUGAAGUUAGAUGACAAGCUCAUCAGCACCAGAGAGUUCUGGAAACGACAAAUUAUUAUUGCUAGCAGGCAGAAGCGACCUGCCACCUUUGGAUUUUAUUCUCCUGCAAAAGACGAUGCUAAAGAAGAGGGAAAUAUUAACCAAAAAAGGAGAAAGGUAUCUCGUCUUGCUUCAAUUGCAAAUGAAGAAGAAAGCACAUGUAUAUGUUCUGACCAGGAGUCUGUAUCAUUUGAUGUUGAGAUUCAGAGCAGAGAAGAGACUGUCAUGUCUGAUGAUGAAGCGGAAAUAGUUGAUUUGAUGAAUAGAGUUGAACUCAUGAAGAAAGAGCGGUCUGUUCUUUGGUUGCGUGAGUUUAAGGAGUGGAUGGAUCACACUUCUGAGAAUUUUGUGGAUGGAACUAAUUCUGUUGGGGAAAAACUGCAUAAUGAAAAAGAAAAUAACGUGAAAAAAAAGUCAAGCAAAAGGUAUAUUGGUGAAAAUUCAAGAUAUGUCUCAGACUCUGUUCAAGCUUCUGGAGAUGAGAGUAGUACAAAUAUUUUAGAAUCUGAUAAUUCCUUUGCAGAUAUGUCUUCUGUUCUGCCUGCUAAUCCGUACUAUAGCCGAUUUGGUUGGCUGGGGAAUACUGGUGACGUUUCUCUGGUUGGCAUGGGGAGAAUUGAUCUAAAAGAGGAGCAUCUAAAAUCUUAUUCACAUGAUGGGAUUAGUGGUGUUUCUCUGCAAGCUAAUAGGGUGGUUGAAAAUGUCAUGAUAUCACCAUUAUCAGCCAUUGAUGAUAUAGCAGAGUCUCAUUCAUCCUCUGCUUGCCCUGCAUCGCCCCCUCAUUAUCAAGAGGACAUUCUUCAUCGUCGCCAUACCUUAGUCGAAGAAACUUUGCAGCUAUCUGCUGAGUCUUAUUCAGUGGCAUCAUCUGAUAGUAAUACCAGCUGUAGUGAUGAUGAUUUCUGUGAAUCAAUACCUGAAGUUGAUAAGUCACUGAAUGAAAAAUAUCAAAAUAAAGGUGUUGAAGGGCACUCAUAUUCAGUUGAUUUUGAGGAUAAGGGUUAUUAUGACCAAAGACAUGAAAUUCUCUAUGUAAGAGAAAAUGGCAUAUCUUAUUCAUUUGCUGACCAAAAUUCUGGUAUGCAGAAACCUCCAAAUUUAUACCAGUCUGGACAAUUGCACUGCAAUGAUUUUCCUGCUGUUGCUCUUGAUGGUGAAAUUGCUCAUCCUGUCAACCAAGAGGCUGAUUAUUUGGAGAAGAGAAAAAGCAAAAGGAAACUGAAGAAAAGAGUUAUUGCCCUAGUAGGGGAGAAUAAUGUGGUUGGCAAGACAGAAGUGUUAGAAAAAUCAAAUGGCAAUCUGAAGAUUUGUGGAGUUGAUAUGGAAAAUGAGCAAAGGAAACAAAUUUCGUAUCGGAGUGAAUUUCAGGAUGUUAUUUAUAAGGAACAGAUGCGGACAAACGCCAUCGUAGCCCCACCAAUUAAUAAUGCUCGUAGAUUUUUUGGGCCUACGUGCUCAUCUCAAGGGAAUGAUGAUUUUGUUGAGAACUAUUUCAAUACAAAUGUUGCAGAUUCCAGCAUCCACGAGACUUGUCAGCGGUAUUUUUUUUGUGAUUGUGUGCUUGAGCCAGAAUCCAAAUAUAGAGAAAGAUGCGGAGAAGUGGCUCUGGUACUGAGCAGUGAAAACAAGUUGUAUGUGCUGCUUAUUGGCAUUGCAGGUGAUGAAUCAGGAAGUACUGUAAGUUUACUAGGUUGCCACAAAGUUGAAGAUGUUAGAGGGGUGUCAGUUGGUGUAGGACUUCAGGUUGUGAGGUUGUACAUUGACAAGGAUUCAGCAUACCUGUUUUUAACUAGAAGCAUCGAGAAGUCAAGAGAAUUACUUAGUACCUUGAAAGUUUUUGAUUCAGAUGCGGCAAAUGAUAAUUAUUCCAUACAAAGUUUGGAGCAGGUUCAGGUUGAAUUGUUUGAGAAACAAAUAUGUGGAGGUUCAAAAGUGAGCAUAUUUCAAUACUCUAUGGUGCUAUUCUGGCGCAACAACAAUGAAGCAGAGGAUAUGUGGCUUUCAAGAUCACUAUUUGUGAUUGGAAGGCAUCUGCUUGUGUGCAUUGAAGACCUUAUGCAAUUCGGCUCCCUUUCAAUGGAUUCAUCUUUGCCUCCAUAUUUCUCGCUUGAUUCAUGUUGCUCCAUUGAUGACAUAUUUGAGAUGGUCAUUGAGGUUAGAGAGAGUCGGUGCGUGACUUUGGCUCUUAAAUGUGCAGCAUCAACGCACUACUCCGCUGCCAAAGCUGACAAGGAAGUUGCAGCAAUCGAUGAUGAAAAGACAAGUUCAGGCUCUGUGACAUGGAAGAUCAGGUGGUUCUCUGAAGAGAGUCUGUUCAAGUUCGUGGCAUUGUUGAAGGCAAUCCAUGCAGGAGCAUCCAUGUCUACUUUGCUUGUAAGAUGUAUAUCGUGAAGCCUUUUUUUAUUUCUUGUUUUUGCUUUUCUAUUCAUUUCAUUCUUUUUGAUCUGGCCCCUUCCAUUUUGUUUUCUUCUUUCAUUCCGUAUAGUUUGUUUAGCAGCCCCAAGUGUGGUGAGUCAGUAGCUUCCUUUUGUAUUCUUUGAUUUGUAUUCUUUUAGCAGUCAAUCAUGUACAGAUUUUGUGCAGUAUACCACAUCAAAGGAAAUUGAUUUUGUACAA